UUUUUUUAUUUACGCGGUAAUUUAUGGAGCGCGCGCGCGCUCUCUGUUCUAUUGUGCGUCACCCCCAUUUUGUAUACAUCAAACACUAAUCGUCGCAUAUGUCGUCGUCGUCAUCGUCAUUUGCGUCAUCGUGAUUUUUAAAGACGGCGUAAAAACCGAAACAAAUCAGCAUAGCAGCGUGAAAAUAUAUUUCCAAUUUUAGCGGCCUUUUUUUAAUUUUCCCGCGGCCACUUUUUUACUCUACCGCAAGACCACAAGAGAACGUUCUUCUUCGUCAUCUUUUUUUCUGCCUAUUUUUCUGCGAUCUUCGCACUGUAUCUACUGAUCGCCUCAAGCAGCGUUCCUUGCGUUCGGAAUAGAAGUUAAAGCAAUUUUUCGUGCUCACACCGCCGCAGCGGGGAACGGCGGCUCCAGUACGGCCAGCUUAGCUCAGUGGGCUGCAUCGAUAUGCGAGUCUGCCAUGCGCUGUCGGCUAGAAGCACCGUUGCUGCAGCAAGGGUUUCUGAUCAUUGGGCGCCUGUCUAGCACGAGGCCCAUUGGCAGCUCUCGGUCAGCCGCUAUGUCUGCUCUGGCCGCCGUUCCUAACACAGCAUUCACCCUUUCAAUCGACACACAACAGCCGCUGGAGCAGAGGAUUAGCGUUGCUCAGUGGCAGAGCGCGGCUCAAUUAUUGCCUGUUCGAGGCCUGGCGGCCGCCAUAGCACCGGCGGGCUGGAUGCGACUAUGCUGUCUGCUAACUGUUGGCUGCGCCUGGCGCUGCUGUCGCCGCCGCCGUCGCCGCCGUUACUUGAGGCUAACUGGCUGCCUGGUUGGUUGGUAGUGAGCGAGUGAGUGAGCAGAGCGUUUAAUGGUGCUGCUGCGUUGCGUAGUGUGUGGGUUGUGAUGCGGUGCGUGCUGUUGUGCUAACGACGGUGAGGUGUGCUCAAGGCAGGCGGCUCGAGUCACUGUGAGCCUUUCGUUUUUGGGCCACUGGCUUUCGCAACAACCUCUUAUACUACUAGUACUUCGACUGCUACUACAAAUAGUGCUGCAAUUGUUGUUGGCAGCUUUUAGCGUUGCUAAUUCGGGUAGAGGUCAUUUGCUGUGGUUGUCUCCCGUGUUUGCGUCUGGUUACUGGAGACGAGAGCAUAGUAGUUCGUAUCGUGUACUUCGCGUCACCACACGACCCGAUUCGGCUCCGCUCUCGUGCCGUUACUGUGUUCUUCGGCUGCUUAUAGUUUGUGCCAGUUCUGCUGCUGUCGCGCUACACGUUCGUCCGUUCAUUUGGCCACUGUACUUCGUUGCUACUACUGCUACUACUGCUGCUGCUGCUGCUGCUGCUGCUGCUGCUGUUGUUCGGCGGCUCGGUGAUGUUGUAAGAUGGCCGACGGCGACAUCGACCUAUACGCCGACGCCGAACUCGACAACGAGUUCGGCGGGGGCGCGUACGAUGAAGGCCUUGAUAAUGUUGAUCUUUACGAUGAUGUGAUCGCCCCAAGCGGUUCCUCGUCAAAGGCCGACAAGGACUCGGCGGUUGCGGGCAUCACCGGCAAGGACAAGAAAAAUGGCCUACUCGAUACACCGCCCGGAGGACCUCUGCUUGCCGCCGGCCCGGACGGGCGCGCUAAACGCGUCGCUAUGUACAUUGGUAACCUGACCUGGUGGACAACAGAUCAAGAUAUAACUGAUGCAAUCCAAAAGGUGGGUGUUCAAGACAUGAUCGAUGUGAAGUUCUUCGAGAAUCGCUCAAACGGACAGAGCAAAGGAUUCUGCGUAGUUACCCUUGGAUCGGAAGCGUCGUUCAAAACACUAUUAGAGCUCCUCCCUAAAGAAGAGUUGCAUGGACACAAUCCUAUCGUUACACCCUGUACGAGACAAAGCCUGAACCAAUUUGAGGCUGCAUGCCGUAAACCUGGCGAUCCACCGUCUCGCGACGGAUCAGCUGGUGGCAUGGAUCAUGAUGGUCCACGUGUAGGUGAUCGUGGGGAACGCCGAGGAGGUUUCCGUGAAGAGAACAACCGCUUCGGCGAUAACAAUGGUGGGGCUGGGGACAGGUUCAAUAACCGCGACAACGGCGGUGGUUUUCGAGAUAGCGGAAGCUUUCGCGAUAGUGGCGGCUUUAGGGAUGGAGGUAGUUUCCGUGAGGGUGGUGGUUUCCGGGAUGGGGGCGAUUUUCGUGAGGGUCGCGGCGGGUUCCGGGGCGGUCGAGGCGGUUUCCGUGACGGUGGCCGAGGUGGCUUCCGAGGCGCAGGGGAUAGCUAUAGAGAGGGUGGUUUUCGAGAGAAUGACAGUUUUAGAGAUGAUCGUCGUGACGGUGCCGGAGGAGGUUUUAGAGAAGGGGGUGGAUUUCGAGAUGGAGGUGGUUUCCGGGAUGGGGGCGGCUUCCGAGAUGGAGGAUUCCGUGACAGCGGCGGUUUCCGGGGCCGGGGUCGUGGACGUGGGGACCGGGGGGGCCGAGGAGGUGGUCGGUUUGUUGAUAGCGUAACAAGCCACUGGAACGAUACUGCUGGACCCCCGACGAUGGGAUUCCAGCAACAGACCAACAAUGGGCCAGCACCUAAUACCAGAGGCCCACCACCGCCUACCUUCCAAGGUCCUCCCCCCGGUGCCCCGCCCAUAAUGCCCCCACCACCAAGUAAUCUUCCUCCACCGCCGGGUGCGCCCCCCGCUGGACCGUACAGCCUUCCACCACCUGGCACUCUGCCGCCGACGAUGCCACCACCAAUUGGCGCACCGCCUCCAGGUAUGCCGCCCAUAGGGGCACCGCCCGUUCCUGGCCGGCCUCCACCGCCUUUGCCCGGAGUGCCGGGUGCACAUCUCAAUCCGGCGUUCUUCCCCGGACCGCCACCGCCAUUCGGGACAGAAUUCCCGCCUGGCGAACUGGCUCCUCCGCCAGCCAUAAGUGAUCAAGAAUUCGAAGACACGAUGGCCCGUCAUCGUGCGAUCAGCUCAUCAGCAAUUUCGCGUGCGGUAAGUGAAGCGGCUGCCGGCAACUUUGCUGCAGCUGUCGAAAGCCUAGUGACGGCGAUCUCAAUGAUCAAAUCCUCGAAAGUGGCAAACGACGAACGCUGUAAGAUUAUCAUCGCCAGCCUACAAGACACAUUACACGGCAUUGAGUCGAAGAGCUAUGGGUCGUCUUCCUCAUCUCGCGGCGAAAAACGCGGUCGGUCUCGUUCGCCGUCGAGGGGGGAUUCCCGAGCUGAACGGGAGCGAAUGGAACGUCGCGAACGGGAACGAAGGGAAGUCCGAGAUUCUCGGGAUUCUGGGAGACGCCGAGAACGCUCGCGGUCACGCGAGAGGGAUUACGAUAGGGAGUACCGCGACAGUGGAAGACAACCUGAGACCAGAGAGCGCGAACGCGACAGGUCCAGGGAACGCGAUCGUUAUCACGAUGACCGGUACUCGUCAUCAGGAUCCCACCGCGAGAGGGAUUACCGGGAGAGGGACCCCGACCGUGAGGAGCAGCGUUACCGAGAAGAACGCGAAAGGGAGAGGGAUAGGGAACGGGAUUCACGGGGGGGUGGUAGGGAAGAACGUUCAAGGGACGACAGAGAGGAUAGGUACCGCGAAAAAGAGCGAAGUAGCCGACAUGAUGAUCGGCGAUAAACAAAACCGAAGAAAUCGACUUAAACAACUUUAACAACAGCAGUAACACAACAGAAACAGCCAACUCCAGCAGCAGCGGCAGCACCCACAUCAGCUACAAAGUUCAACGCCAGCCGGAGUUUUAACCCCUACAUCCGCGACAACGACGACGCCGACAGCUACGACAUCAUCAACUACUACAGUAAGAGUAUCUGCAGCAGAAGCUACGACAAAAAAGAAAACGAUUUCAGCGUUUACAUCAACAUUGCAGCAGCAGCAGCAACAACAACAACCACAAGAUCGACGACAACUGCAUCUUGAUUGAGUUCAGCUGAUAUAUUAUCAUCAAUAUUCAGAAAAAGGAAACAACUUAAAAUAAGGGAAAAACGAACGGUAAUAGAUUUUGAUUGGUUCGCAAAAAACAUGUUGUGGGGUAAAUCGCUGCCGCCUUCAACCGAUGGAUGAUCAGGUAAUUUUGAUGGUUUUGCAUUACAACGAUGACGGUAUUCGUGAUCAGAGCAGCAGGAGUUUCUGCAGACGACUCUCCAUUCGCAUGUGGGAGACAUAUCUUGAAGUGGAGUCUCACCUGACGUACAGAGGAAAUUUCCGCGGGUAAAGCUGACCAGCGACUUCAGCAUCUGCUUGAGGAAGGAUGGCAAAUCCUACAGAAUUAUCUACACUUCAGCAGUAAACAAGGAUAAAAAGAACGCUACUGUUGUCGACUGGAAGAUUCCGACGUACGAUCCUACAUACCACAAACACGACAUACACCGACUUAACGAAUACAAACACGCAUAUAUAAGUAUAUAUAUAUAUAUAUAUAUUUAAAUAUAUAGACAUACAUACACAUGAAUACAUUCAAGAACGCCUAACGCGAAGCGUCUCACAUUUGAUGUUUAUUGCUAUUAUUAAUAACACAAACUAUAACUUUACAGAUACGAAUACUUAUGAAUAAGAAAGAUCAAUAACAACAAGCAUCAUCACCAAUGCUAAAUAUUUCUUGAAAUUCAAGUAUUAGCGUGCUUGA